UUUUGCACAGUUUUUUUUUUGGGGGGGUUGUUUAUAUAUGUGGAUACUUUGGGAAUCAUGGGAGACUCCGUGUUCCUCGACAGGCACAAUUCCUAUCUCGGUGACUUCACCUGGAGCAGCCUGUCGGGGCGGAGCGUGCGUCUGACGCCGGUGGCCAUCCAGAGCCUGUCUGAGCUGGAGAGGGCCAGGCUGCAGGAAGUGGCCUUCACCCGCCUGCACCAGGACUACGACCUGGGAUGUCAGAUAACCAUGCCGAAAGAUGGACAGAAGAGGAAAAAGUCUUUGAGAAGGAAGCUGGACUCUUUAGGGAAAGAGAAGAACAAAGACAAAGAAUGUGCACCCCAGGCCUUCAGUAUACCCCUGUCUCAAGUCAUUGGUAAUGACAGAACUCACAGGCAGCGGCAGGACAGCUAUCGUCAGGACCCUCCCCAGCGUGAGGAGCACAAGGACCCCUCUGACCUUGUCUCAUCCAUCUUACAGUUCGCCACCAAGCGGCCGUCCAACAAGGAGCUGUCCAGCAGUAACUCCUCGCUCAGCUCCACAUCGGAAACAGCCAACGAGUCAACGUCACCCAACACGCCAGAAGCCGCCCCACGGGCACGCCGGCGGGGCGGCAUGUCAGUGGACUCGAUCACCGACCUGGACGAUAACCAGUCGCGCCUGUUGGAGGCGCUGCAGCUCUCCCUCCCCACCGAGACGCCCAGCAAAAAGGAGAAGCACCGGGAUAAAAGGCUGAGCCUCAACCCCAUCUACCGACAAGUGCCGCGGGUGGUCGAUAGCUGCUGUCAGCACCUGGAGAAAUACGGUCUGCAGACUGUGGGGAUCUUCAGAGUGGGAAGCUCCAAGAAGAGAGUUCGGCAGCUGCGUGAGGAGUUUGAUCGUGGCGUGGACGUUCAGUUGGAUGAGGAGUACAGCGUCCACGACGUGGCUGCUCUACUGAAAGAGUUCCUCCGAGACAUGCCGGACCCGCUCCUCACCAAGGAGCUCUACACUGCUUUCAUCAACACCAUGAUGUUGGACCAAGAAGAGCAGCAGAGUGUGACACAGCUGUUGCUCUAUCUUCUCCCAGCAUGCAACAGUGACACGCUCAACCGCCUGUUGGAGUUUCUGUCCACCGUGGCGGACCACGCCCAUGACCAGCAGGAUAAAGAUGGACAGGAGAUAACAGGGAACAAGAUGACCUCUCUGAACCUGGCCACCAUCUUUGGCCCCAACUUGCUCCACAAGCAGAAGAGCUCGGACAAGGAGUUCAGUGUGCAGAGCUCGGCCAGGGCGGAGGAAAGCACGGCUGUGAUCGCAGUGCUACAAAGAAUGAUCGCCAGCUACCAGGCUCUCUUCAUGGUGCCUCCGGAUCUGCAGAAUGAGGUUUUGAUGAGUCUGCUGGAGACUGACCCAGAUGUGGUGGACUACCUGCUGAGGAGGAAAGCAUCACAGAGUCCAGACCUUUUGCAGUCGGAGGAGACCUUCUCCCUGAGCGAAAGGCACUCCUCUAGCGACUCCAACAAGGCCUCCAGUGGGGAGGUCUCGCCUUACGAUAACAAUUCCCCUGUUAUGAGCGAGCGCCGAGGAGAGCUGGGGAGCACGGGGAGCGAGCCGCUCUUCCGCGUCCCAGAGCAGUACACCCUUGUGGGGCAAGUGGGCGGACAGAGCAGGGAGCCCGGAGCCAAUUCCUGGACUGCCAAAGAUACCAUAUCAGAGGAGCAUGCUAACAUCUGGGGGGCUUGGCACACAACCCUGAGACCAGCACUCAAAGACCAGUCCUUCACAGAUUCCCAUGGUAACAUGUCCGAGGGAAGCUCCCGCAGCUCACAGGAAGCUCUGGAUGGUCUCCAUGGUAACGCAAGGCAACAGCAAUUGGUACGACGGACUCAGACGGCGCCUGGCAUCGCUGAGUGCAGACCGCACACCCCUGUUUUCAGGGUGUGCUCCACCCCUCAUGGUGAGGUGGGGCAACCACACUCGCAGCUCGGCCUCGGUUUCUCCAUGACAUCACACCUCGGAGCAAGCAGCAGCGGAGCAAGCAGCAGCACGGAUAGCCUCCCGCGAGGGGGUGGACACACAGUUAAACUGCCCACCAGACCCCAAGGGGUGGCAAACAUUGGCGACGGUGGUGCUGCUACACUCAACAACGCCCACGCCCCUCUUCCUUACAAUGCCCAGCACCGACCGGCUAAUUCACCGACUUCGGAGCCAAACAACCAACCAUCCAAACAGUCGGUUCAGAGGGUCCCUCUGAGCCAAACUGGAAGGCAAACUGCAACACAGGAUAAUCCUGCGUCAUCGGCGGAGGUCCCAGCAGUGCCCAUGGGCCAAGACUGGCAGGAGUGGCAAAGAGACAGGUGGCAGAUCUGGCAGUUGUUGUCCUCGGACAACGCCGAUACUCUCCCCGAAACGCUGGUAUGAGCUUGGACCACAACAGCGAGCUACUCUCACCAUCUAUAGAGGAUAAGGUGAUGAAAGAGAAUUCCAUUAGCUUGCUAUCAUUGGCAUGAUCCGUACUCCGAAACUCUCACACUUCCCAGACAAUCACACCCCCACCCCAUCCCUUUUGGUUUUGCACACCAAGUCUGAAUUUGAAUCCAAAAAUGUCACACAUGAAAUUAAUACGACCUCACGAUUUGUACAAUAAGUUGACACACCAGCUCCUAAAACCAGAACAGUUUCAAUUCUGUUUUUUUUUCCAUAUCCGUAGAAUGAAUCUCAUAGUGCACAGCACGCACUUCCCCAAUGGUAUAAUAAGGUGUGUAGGAGGCAACUAACUAUGCUCGAUCGUGAGUGUGAUCCAUCCGCUCAUCUCUUUUCCCCCCCUCCGUCCUUUCCUUUCCCGCGUUGUUGCGCCAUGGAGGUGUUUACAUGUGCAGCUGCUGCCUUAACAGAGACUUGUACAUUAAAGGGCCACUCGGAUUGUUCCCUGUGGAACAACAUGGUUGUACACGAACUGCUUCUGUUCCCAGCCUGUUUGUUUUCUCCACGCUGACCGUAGACAAUGGCAAAAAAAAAAAGAACGAACAAAAGAAAGAAAAAGAAAAGCCGCCCACCGGAAAUACCUCAAAAGUAACUAUGACCUAUCUGUUCAGUUCUCUGCUGAAUAUUGCAAAGACGAUACCUUCAUUUUGGGAACUAUUGUAUCUCAAUUGAUGGAGGUAAGGGAUGAUAGGAAAGAGCAAAGGUUUGCUUGGAGAACAUCUUUUUUUUUGUCUUUCUCUUAUUUUUUGGAUUCGUUUUUUGUCCCUCACCCCCCCACCGUCCAGAUAUCCGUACGCAUCCGUAACUGCUGCUAAAUGUAGACUUUUUGCGUGCGUACUCAUUGUGUAGUCACAGCCACGCAGAAGAUCAAAUAUUACUUCAAAAUGUCUGAGAAUGUUUUACCGUGAAGACAAUAUGUACACAUUAUAUACAAAAAAAAUAUAAAUGUAAAUUCAAAUGUAAAGUAUAAGCGUUGUCAACCUACCUAAAAAAGUGAGUGUGUCCCAAGACGGCAGUCUGAAUGUUGGCGUUCCCAUCAGGGGUUUGUUCCAUCAUAUCCUGUGCGUUGGUGAACGUAGACUGCGGUUUCUGUAAUUAUUUGUUUCUUUCUUUCUUUUGUGUGUUUAAACACUUAAACCUGUUUUCUGAGCACUCGGCUAUAUAAAUUUGCUCUCAUGUACUCCUGCCUUCUGUCUCGCAGGGUUAUUUUGCCAAAGUAAUUUUCUUACUUCAGGAUAUUUAUCUUACUGUCAUACUUGUUUAUUUGUCAGAAUUUUUUUUUCUUCUUUCCGCAAUAUUCAAGAACUUUUGGGCCACAGGCGUGUUUAUCAAGCAUUUCACCUCCAGUGGCCUCAUUUCUAAAAACUUCAUUUGCAAGUUGAUCUUAAAGUCAUUUUUCCAUUCUCUGUGAACUUACUGAACUAUAAGUGGUGCCCGGGCACAACGAAGCUCCGCCACUUGAACCUCCUGAACUUUGACCUUUACCGAUCUGCAAUGCACUGCAUCUCACUCUGCAGCAAAAGGAUAGGGAUUUCCCCUCAAGAUAGUAAAUUGAAGGGCGUUCGGGUGGCGUGGCGGUCUGUUCUGUUGCCUUCCAACACGGGGCUCGCCGGUUCGAAUCCCUGUGUUACCUACGGCUCGGCUGGGCGUCCCUAGUGACACAGUUGGCUGUGUCUGCGGGUGGGAAGCCAGAUGUGGGGAUGUGUCCUGGUCGCUGCACUAGCGCCUCCUCUGGUCGGUCGGGGCAUCUGUUCGGGGGGGAGAGGGAACUGGGGGGAAUAUUGUGAUCCUCCCACGCGUUACAUCCCCCUGGUGAAACUCCUCACUGUCAGGUGAAAAGAAGUGGCUUGCGACUCCACAUGUAUGGGAGGAGGCAUGUGGUAGUCUGCAGCCCUCCCCGGAUCGGCAGAGGGGGUGGAGCAGCGACCGGGACGGCUUGGAAGAGUGGGGUAAUUGGCCGGAUGUAAUUGGGGAGAAAAGGGGGGGGGUAGGAAGUCGAACAUUUCGGUGCCAGCGUAACUCGGUCCAGUUUAGACAGUAACGGCCGGAAGAAACCGUGCGACCUUUUCGGAGACCUUGACCCGGUCACCUCCCAAAUUUAAUCAGGUCUUCCAAACAAACUACCUGAGCCAAAAACAACAUCCAGAGUAUGACGCGUCAGUUAUUUGAGUGCAUGCGAUAAAUCUUCUAGUUAUCUUAUUGGCUAUCGUAAAGCUGUAUUUCAAAUCAGUUGUCCAACACAAGCUUUCAUUUUAACGCGCUAAACAAUAUUGACACAAAGCCUGGCAUUGUUUUUCCACACGUUUGAUGUACAAAUAGUACUUCAUACUGUGUACCCCCAGUAUCUUUCCAACCUGGCCGGAGCCCAGCUGGGUCGGGAUUAAUCGUUUCAGUCAGUUGUCGGACCACCUUUUGUUCAAUUGUCCUUCAUGUUCACGGUUCCAAAGGUGAUGGAGGUUAACGGUCAUCCUAUACGUGAUCAUAAUAACAUUACCGUCUGGAUCGGCCUACAGUAUACCUAUUUUAAGAUCAAUCUUGCCCUAAAGACCAUUUUAUCAAUGAGGCCCUAUGUCACGGAUUGAACUCUACAAAUAAAACUGACUUGACCAGGGGACAUGUAGUUGACGAGUGAUCUUCAACUACAUAUCAGUACCUACAACCCCCCAAUAUGAUGACGUAAAAAACAAUUAUCAUUUCAUUUUAACAAAAAUACCUAUAUAUUCCUUGGUUAAUGUGAGAAAAUCUUUUUAAGUGCCAAUGCCUUGAUUUAAUAUGGAUAAUAUGAGAAAGAAAACAUUUAUUUCAAUGUGAAAUACACUUCUUUUCCAUAUCAUAACUUUGUUUUUGUUUUGUUUUUUUUGGUGUUUUAUUUUCAUUAAAAUAAAAAAAAGUCUCUCUUGGUGUCAGAAACAUAAUGCAAUAGAAAUUAGAAAUUAAAAUGAGGAAAGUGUACCAAUACGUCCCCUGGUCUACGUGUCAAACCAAAUGUUCAAACUGGUCCUAAAUUCCCUUUCUGAGAUGACUGAUCAAUGUGAAAACCUAUUAUUCUUGAUUUUUAUAUAUAUAUGUGUGUAUAUAUAUAUAUGAGAUAGAGAAGUGGUCUUGUAUAGGAUUCUUGUACCUCUUCUAUGGGUUUUUGUAUUUUAAGUCUGCUCCAAAUGUGCUUCGAUCUGGGGGAAAUACAUAACUUUAAUAACUCCUGUUUUACGUAUUAAAAUGUAUUUUUGUGUGGCUGAAUCGAGUGGGAGGAAAAUGCAUUAUGUGUGCCAUUAUCCCUGAUUCCGUAGGGUCAACAACCCACUAAAAAUCUGGUCCAGGCGACACAGUGGAGUCGGUAUUUGCUGACAAAUAUUUCACAUUUGCUCAAUUUGUGGUAUAUUUGCCCACCCUUUUUUAAGAUACAGCAUUUCAAGUCCCAAGGAACAGCUACACAAUGCAUAUUCUUAAAAUGUAUGGAGACACAAUGGAACAAAAAAAAAAGACCAUUACAACUGAUGGAGCGGCGACUCGGUGACGUCACGGCAGGUUUAUGGCGCCAUCUAUUGGAAGGCCCCCAGCAUAGCGUUGCCACGUACAUUUCAGCCCAGUCGUCUUUGCCCCCCCCCCUACGGUGAACCGUGUUUUUGUGUUUUAUGUUUUAUUCAGAGUUAAAAGCUUACAAUAGUUUUGUGAUUAUAAGCACCUUUUCUCGAACCUGUGUGUGGAAUCAAACGUGCCAUAAGCCUUGCCCUCGAAACCUCUUCCCCAUAAAUUGCUAUAGGUGAUGAAUAUGAUUUCAUAUUUUGUGAACUUUUUUUUUGUAUUACUUCCUUGUUGUAUGAGUAUUGUAAUAUAUUCUUAAAGCAGAACAAUUUUUGUUUUUUUGUUAUCAGAGGAAAAACAGAACGUGCAGGA